AUGAUCAACUAUAAUCAUCCUACUACUUUCCAAGCACCUACUAUUGGGGAACAAUCCGAUAUACUCGAUACUUCAUUCUGGAAUAUUAACGGCCACCAUCCCCUUGGACCAAAUGGAAACACAUUUGACUAUCUCAAGCAAGACUUCCACCAAGGUCACCACCACAUCCAGACCCAAAUGCAUCCCACUAGUCCCACAGACCAGAUGUUUAACUUGGUUGGCAGUAUCCCAUCAAUUCCCAGCUCUCUUUCGGCCAGUCCUACCACCAGUGUCCAUGCCAAUGUCUCGGGCUUUGCCUCUCUCGAUCAAUCCCAGAACGAUAUUCUGGAAGGCUAUUCUGACGUCUCUGGAAGUGAAGGCAGCUCUGAGCCUGACAACAGAGCAAGCAAGAAACGUAAGAACUCCGACGAUUCUAUGCCUACCGAAGUGCGCAAGAAAUUUCUCGAGCGCAACAGACAAGCAGCUUCCAAAUGUAGACAAAAGAAGAAGGCAUGGAUGGUUGAGCUCGAGAACGCCUAUGUCGAACGCGAGAAAGAAAAUAGAGAACUCUUGGCCCAGAUUUCUAAACUCCGCAAUCACACUCUCUACCUACGAGAUCAACUUCUUGCUCACAGCAACUGUGAAUGUUCUGUUGUGAAGAACUACCUUCAGCGCACAGCCCAGCAGAUUCUGGACAGGGCAACUGAGGAAAGUGUCAUGGGUCAAGCUCAUACUCAGGGCAUGUCAUGGCACCCUUAG